GAUCGAUCGGGGAGAUGAAGAACAAAGUUGUUACCAUGAACUAAACGAACAGCUUUUUGCUUUAUAAGAACGAAAGCCAAGUUUCAUCAGACAAUCCAGAGAGAGACCAAAAGACAGUUUAAAAAUCCCUAAUUCCAUAAUCGGAAACCCUAGGGAACAUAAUCGUGAGAAAAUCUGGUUCGGUAGUUUUAUCUAUUUUCAUCACUCGAACCGAACUUGGUAGGAGUAAAUAAAUUAGGUUUUAAUUCGAACCGGUCUGGUUUUGAUGUUACUUUAAAAAAUAAGGGAAUAAAUAGUCAAAGUUAAUUAAUUUUAAUGAUUGAUUAGUGGAUAAACUAAUGACAACAACGUAACCUAUUUAUACAGACCAAAUAGAUGGAGAGAGUGCUUACUUUGCUUUCUUUUUUUUCUCUAAAGCUUCUCUACUCGUCUAACGCUCUGUAAUUUCUGAAACUAGGGUUUCGUUUUCUUCGUUAAUUUCUACUCGAAUCUGUCUAGUUUCUACGCUCUGUAAUAUUGAAAACUAGGGUUUCGAUUUUUAUUCAACGAUGGUGAAAAGAGGAGGAACGAAGAGGAAGGCUGUGCUAAAGAAGAUUGAGGAUAAAAGCUCAAAGGCUGUAACUUUCACGAAGCGAAGAGAAGGUCUCUACAGCAAAGCCGCACAGCUCUGUGUUAUGGGCGAGGCUCAGAUCGCGAUCUUAGCGACUCCUUCUUCUUCCAACUCCAACGUCCCUUUCUUCUCCUUCGGACACUCUUCGGUUGAUUCGCUGGUCUCUGCGUAUCUCUCCGGUCAAAGACCAGUUCGUGUCCCUGAAGAAAGCAAAAAGAUGAGGGAGGACAUAGGAAUAUGCAUGGCUCGGAAGGAGCUAGGGCUUAGUAAUUGGUGGGAGAAGGAAGAGCUUGCGACGAGUAAGAGCCUUGAAGAAAUCAUGCAAGCCAUGGAGUCCAUGGAGAUACUGAUUAGGGAUGCAGAUCGGUUGCUUGAUGAGGACGCCUUUGGUUUUAGUCAGAGAAAAGGUGAGAAGAAGAAGAAGGACGACAGCAACGAUGUUGUUCUCCAACACCACCACAGAACUGGUAAAACUCAAACCCUAAUCACAUCAGAGGAUGAUCAGAUCAUCUCUGUUUGUGACAGUUUCUUCAACAACAAUGAUGAUUUAUCAGCAACUCAUUCUGAGGAAAAUAUUGAAGAGUGGAGCGAUAUGGACUUUGAGCAACUCCUCAGUGGUUUUGAAGAAGAAGAAAAAGAUGAUGAUCAUCAUCAUCAGAUUGAGGCGGUUUCUGAAAACUCUUGCAGCAACAAUGCUCUGUUAUUACCAGGUGAUGAUCAAAACCUGCUUGAUCUUGAUUUAGCUAAUGUUGAUUUGGAUACAAUUUUUGGAGGUUUGGCCACCCUUGAUGCUGAGCUUGUGGCUUCUCUACUCAUGUGAUGAAUGAUUUACUAG